GCGCCGCGCCGGGGCUCGGGGGAGCCGCCGGCCCUUUGUCUCUCGGGGAGGGGCCGUGGAGGGCGCCCCCGACUCCGCUCGGACCCACCAGCCGGACCCCCGGCACGGCGCCCUGGUCUGGGCCGGGCCUCCUGCCCCACCUGGCCCCCGCUGCUCCUGCCACUCGCCGCCCCCGCGACAGACCACCAUCCAGCGGUCCUCAACCCCCCUUACCCCGGGGGUCGCCUCCACAGGUGUCCGAGCCAUCCACUCUGUUGCUCACCCCACCGCGUUGGCGGGGUUGUCACCGUCUGUCGGCACUCCAGGUCCCGUGCCCUCUUGUGUCUUCCCUCACCUGCGCCCUGCUUUCAGCAUCCUGACCCUCUGUAUAGAGCCCUCCCAUAUUUUCCCAAACUAAAUGCUGCCAAGAUCUGGUCACUGAUCCACGGUUCCUCUCCCUAGUCUGGUUGAACUGUCGUGUCCCCAUCCCACCUCUCCUAGUGAGUGUUCCUAGACGGUGCACAUUGUAGGCAUACAUCUCACCUGUAUGGCAGGCGUGUGUAUGUGAACCUGCAAGACUGCACUUCUCGCCUCCUUUCCAUCAUCCCCACCCCGACCACUUUCCUUUUUCUUGAACCUGGUAACCGAGACACUUAGGUCUGAUACCCAACCUCUGUUAGGGCCCGCAUGCCUGCCUCUCUCGUGUGUGCUGAACUUGUCUGAGCAGUACCUGCUGUCAGGUUAGCCCCUGGGAAGGCCCAGGAGGCCUGUGUUGGCCGCAGAUGAAGAGUUUUAUGAAUAAUGAGAUGUGAGGCUGGCAGCACCUCCUAUCUGAGAAUCUAAGUACACUAUAGCUGUUAAUUACUUUGUCUCCUGUCACUCACACUACUUAGGGAAGUGUGCCUGGCCGACGGCUGGGUAAAUUGAGGCACAGGGUGUGUGGGCAAGGGACCUGGAGGCAAGUCAGAGUUUGUCCUGAGGUUCUGCUCCCAAGUAUCUUGGCUCUUAGCUCCCUGUUACAACUACUGGGCUCUAGUUCCUGGCUUUAGACUCUAAGUGAUACUGAUCUCUUGGGCCAUUAAAGUGUCCAGAGAGACCAAGUUUCCUUUGAUUUAAAGCAGGACUUUGAAUUAUAAAUAAAGGUGCUGGCUGUUAAAUGCCAGUGUGUCAUUCAUGGUUUCCUGGUGGAGUGAGUGGUCCUUGUGUAUGUGUCAGGCAGCAUUCCAAGCACCGGGGGCUACAGUGGUGAAGAGAGACACAGCCCCUGCCCUCCUGUAGCUGACCUUCUGAAGAGGAGGGAUUAAACAAGGCUGCACCUUCCUCCUUCUCCCCGGCCACAACCUGCCCGUCACAGUUGAGCACCUGUUUUCCUGAAGGUGAUUUCCAGAAGCAGGAGUCCCCAGAGCUGGCCAGGGCAUGAACCGCGAGGGGGCCCCCGGGAAGAGUCCGGAGGAGAUGUACAUUCAGCAGAAGGUCCGAGUGCUGCUCAUGCUGAGGAAGAUGGGCUCCAACCUGACGGCCAGCGAGGAGGAGUUCCUGCGCACCUACGCGGGGGUGGUCAGCAGCCAGCUCAGCCAGCUGCCCCAGCACUCCAUCGACCAGGAAAGCGUAGCUCCAGCCCUUCCAGAUGGGUGGUCCACGAGAGAGAGAUUUCGGGGCGGCAGCUCCCACACCCACAGAGCUGAGCCCCAGCUGGCAGCAGCGUCUAGACGUGGAGCCUGCAGAGCCUCCAGAGCCUCCAGGCCGGUCCCUUCUCCUUCCCCAGCUGGGAGCCAAGGACCCAAUCAGCCUCCUCGCCUUGUCCCAGGUUGCAGCCCAGGGCCAGAGGACCAUCCAGCAGCAAUUCUUUCGCCCUGGUCUGCAGGUGCAGAGGAUGUGGUGAUGGCGUUUUCCAGGUCGGAGCCGGAGGACCGGAGGCAGUAGCUGCAAACCCCUUGGAAUACCCUGGAGGCUGGCAAAGGCCAGGAGAUCUGUGUGGACCUCACCGGCUGAGUGGCAGAGGGUCACCUUCCCUACCCCGACCCCCUCACCCCACCCCUUCCCGUCCCGCCCCACGGCCACUCAGAAUCCUCCAGGGAGACACCAGUGGUGCAGUUACGAUUGGCUUAAAGGGACGGACUCAUGAUUGGCUGCGGGAAGAAACCUUUUUAUUUUUAAAUCUCGACCAACGCAAACCUUUUUAUUUCUGACUCUUAUUUAAAAAAAAAAAAAAAAUGCGCCUCGGUGUAUGGCUUCUCAGGAAGCUCUCCGAGCUCUGGUGCUUUAUUUCGGUCACUUUUUAGGAAUGUGAAGAGGUCCGAUUGGCUGCUUAAACUGGAAAAGGAUUUUGAUUGGCUGGCUAAUGGGAAACGUUUUUUUUUCUUUGAUUGGCUGCAGGUGUUCUGCUGAUGGCAACAGCUCCUCUCUUUUGAAUGUUGAAAACAGGGUUUGGGACGUUGGUUGUUAUAUUUGACUUGAAAAAAGAAAGAAAGAAAGAAACCAAGUGCGCUUUGCAAUAUUUAUUACACAAAGAGCUUGCUGCUGCUGCUUUGACGUGUUUUUUGUUUGUGUUUGCAUUUGAUUGGCUUUCGAGAUGUGUGUUUGGUUUCCCAUUGGCUCACCCAUGACUCCUGUUGCCAUGGGCUGCUGCGUGCAGGCCCUCUCCAGCCCGGGGUCCACCUGGAGAGUGCUUUUGCUUUAAUGACCACACCAGGCUCCAUCAGCGAGGGGACCCCCUAGGACGCCAAGCAGGGCCCACAGCUGGAAAACAGGGCCCCAAGGAGGUUUGUGUUGUCCUGAACGAGCAGCCCAGAGCUUAGAGGUGACCAUUAGCCAGGAUUUACACGCAUCACUUCAUGAGUUGGCAACCAGCCAGCAUCCCUUGGUGAGAAUGGAAUCGCUCACACGCGCCAUCCGGGCCUCUCCAGCCUGCCCGCGCUGAGCCAUUCCCUCCAUAUUCAACUUCCUGAGGCCUCAUGGUGGGGGCUCCUCUUAUAAGGGGCAGGAGCUGCUCCCAGCUCUGAGACCCCGAAACAUAGCAGAGGUCUCUGCCCGAGAGCCCAGAACCCCCACAAAGGCCCCAGCUUGGCUCACAAGGCCCAGGAGGCCUUUGGCGCGAAACGCACCCUCCCACCUCCCCCAGCCUCCUCCCGAGGUGUGUGCUGCCAGCGCAGUGGGUCCUGACCAGCCCUGGGAGCUCUCUCAUCCGAGGCCGUGCCCUUCACUGCACUGCCUUCAGAAGGGUCUCUCUCCGCAGCAGCCUGGAAGGGACAGUGUCAUUAUUUAUGAAGUGCCCACUGGGACCGCUGGCUGGGUCUUCAGUGAGCGAGUGCCACCCGGCUGGCCCUCAACCCCGCCCCCAGAAAGACAUUGCAGAGCAGUGGUCUUUGAAGGGCUGCAGGAGCCCCAAGUCUUCCCACCUGCCCUCCUCCCCCUGGAGGCGGCCUGUCCUGCUCCCUGCAUCUCUCGCGGGAGUGGAAUCUGGGUGGGGAGUUGGAGGAAGAUGCGGGCCUGGGGAGGGGAAGCCUCCCCACGCCCCCGCCGCGACCUCCCACCCCCAUCCCGGAGGUAGUAGAUGGCUGAGGUCUCCUUCUCACCCCAGGUACCCAGAGCCAGGAGAAGACGCUCAGAGCCAAACGUCCCCCUUCUCGGGGCUUGGGGCUGUCGUGGAGCAAGGGAGCUGAACGCCAGCGUGUCCUGGGCCCCAGCCCCCGAGAGCCCCAUGGCCCCGUGGCCGUUCACACUGUGCUCUGAGCUUCCUCUGAGCCUUGCCCCAGCGGAGGACUUGACACGACCUAGACACCCCAUCCUCCUACACACAGGGGCCCCCCGCCCUGGCUAGCUGGCCAUUAGUCUGAAAAGGCCGUUGAUCCCCAGGGGACAAGGACUGUGGACCCCAGCAGGGGCCUGAGAGCAUCCUCCUCCAGGGGGGGUAGUGCGUGUACACACACAUGUGUGUCUGUACUCGUUCCCAGCUCAGUGGCCCGCAGCUCCAGCUGAGCCCCUGGGGAAAGGUGAGUUUUGUUCAGUCUCCCCCCACCACCCAGGUUGUAACAUCUGUUAUCAGCUGUCUUUGCCAGUGUUGCCGGCUGGCCCCUCUCCUUGUACCUGUAGCCCCCGUCAAGGGUCCGAGUCCUGGCUGACGGUGUGUUCCUGCCCCAGUCUGUCCUUGUCAGGGUCAUGGGCCUCCCUCUUGUAACUUGCGAUGGCCCUGAUCUGUCUCAUCUUCUGCAGAAGAAAAGUGGAAAUGUUGCUGUGGCUUCGUAUUUCAACUAAAAAUAUUUCUGUUGAAGAAAAUAAUUAACAAUAAAGAUUUUUAAUAGUU